AUGGACCGGUCUUCGCCAGGAAGAGACCCCUAUGGGUAUGCGCCGGGGAGGCUCUCCCCAGCCCAGUACCAGCAGCCACUGGGCAUCAACGGCAAGACGCUGGUCGAUGGAUACGCCAGGGAUAUGGCGAGUACUUCCAGAGGGGAUGAGCCCCGUUCUAGUCCGCUCAACCCUGGACAGAUCCAGAGUUCUGCGCUCGUAGACCUCAAAGACCCGAUACAGGUGCAUCUUCUGACGGAAACGGCAUUGACGGACAGCAAAUCCUACGAGAUUCUUUCGCAGGAAGAGGUGGAUGGACUCAAGAAACAGACGAAAUAUCGGGAUGCCGCGAUAUCCAUGUCCAAGCUUUAUUCCACCGGCAGGCAAGAUGGAAAUAGGAGGAAGAGCUUGCUCAACCGAUACAGCGGAGGAGACUCGGCUCGCGAGGCCGAGGCGGAAAGACAGGCGAGCGAGAGGAAAUGCGAGGAGCUGGCCACCGAACUUUGGAACCUCGAGAAGAGCCUCGUGGAACCCCGACAGCGGCUGCUUCAGCACACGGCUGCCAUUCUCCAGUUGACGCACAAGGCAUCAAAGAAGGCCGCGCCGCGGAACAUGGGGCCGCCUGCCAAUGGCAUACCGGGGAGUCCUGAGAGUCUCUAUGCCUUUUCGAACGGUCGCAACAGCAUGGAGCCUGGCGACGACAUGUACUUUAACGAUCAAGGCCUCUACCAGAGCCUCGAUGACGGGACCCUCAGUCGAGGGAUGGGCUCCAUCCCCAUCGAGCCACCACUGAAGUCCGCCAACCGCGAGCAGAAUGCCCAGGCACAGGCAGAAAUCGAGCGCCUUCAGGGCGAAACCGCGCAGAGACGAGCCGAAAAUGAACGCCUUCGAGUCGAGUACGAGCAGGCGCAAGCUGAGAUUGAUCGCCUCAGAAGCGACAACUCUCAGUUCCUCUCGGAGAAUGAACGCCUGCGCUAUGAAGUAUCCGAAGCUCAGGCUGGGAGCGAAGAGAAUGUGCAAGCACGGGGGCAGGGUGAUCAGCUGCGGCAUGAAAACAACCAGCUCCGCGCUCAGACUGAUGCCCUGGCGCAAGAACUUGAUGCCUGGCGCCAGGAAGACUCUCAGCGCCUUCAAUCGAUAUCGAGCACGGAGCAGAGGCUCGAAACGCUGAACCGCUCCUUGCGGGACGUCAUCGUCAAGCUUAACCCAGCCAAGAACGGCGACUACCAGGCCCCGCCGUCAGGCGCUUCUGCCGGAUCUGAGAGGUCUCUGCAGGGUUCUGCGACCCUCGACAGUCACUUUGCCUAUCUCGAGCGAGGCCUGCGGACGGUCCAGGAGGACCAGGAAUUCAAAACGUCGCAAAGCUUAGAAGAGGCCGAAUCAGCAGCUGCUACCGCGUCUAUAGCACUGGCCCGCGCGGAAAUCAGGGUCGACAACCUCAACUCUCAGCUUUGCGACCUGAUGCUGUCUGUCGAUUCCAACUACCCAACUCCUCCUGAUGCGACCAACUCGGAGCUCGAUGAUCAGUUUGACUACGCCGAUCGAUCGCUCCAGGCCCUCGAAACGCAGCUGAGCCGCGUCGAUCAACUUACCACCAACAGCGAAACGAGGAAGAGAGAGGGCGACCAGUCUGAAGCCGUGCUUAUGGGGCUAUGGGACAUAAUUCAGAGCGGCUUCGCAGAUAUCCAGCAGCGCAAGGACCAGCGGCGUAAGAUGAGGGCGGAGCAGGGUCUGGAGCCCGAUGAAGAUGAUGUGUCGGGAGAUGAGGGCAUGGACGUCAACGAACCUUAUUCCCUGUCUGCCUUCUCGACCAAGGUCCAGUGGCUUUAUGCUCAAGCUACAAAGCUCAAGGACCAAAAGUCGGUUCUGAAGAGGCAGAUCAAACAGCAACGCGAGCUGAACAACAAGUCGGAUUCGGCCAAGGACGAAGAGCUGCGGUCGAAGCAGGACGAGAUCGAUCAGAUCAGAGCCUUGCUCGAAAGCUCGGGGCAAGAGGCGAACAAGGCCCAGACACUGCUCUCGCAGGCGUUGCAGGACGUUGAAGAUGCCAACAACGCACGCUCCGCCAAUGAUGCCAGCACGGCUCAGUUUAGGCAACAGCUUGAGGAACGCGAUGCCAGGAUUGCGGCGCUGGAGGCGGAAAGCAGGUCUGUCCAGACAAGAAUGGCCGAUGUCAGCUCGACGGUACAGGACGCGGAAUCGAAGCUCAACCAGGCCAUGGAGGACGUCGCGCUUCUCACCACCAAGUUGGCAGAUGCCGAGCGACUCGCCGAGGAGAAGCAGCAAGAAGCUGAAGCCAAGUCAAAGGAGGCCAAGGAUCAACAAGAGGAGAUGGACAAGAUGAACGAGAUGAUGGUCGGCCUCAAGACGGAACUCACCUUUGCCCAGGCUGAGCUCGACGGCGCUUACGGCUCUCGUAAGGAGAGGGCUGCCGCUGUCGCCGCUGUCAAGAGCACGGUCGAGGUCGAGCAGCUGAAGACGGAGGUGGAGCGUCUCAAGGAUGAGCUGGCGUCGACGCUCAAGGAGCUUGAAGGCAUUACGGCCGAGACUAUCGGCGCCGAGCGCGAGAAGCUCGAUGUCGAGGGUCGCCUUGACGACGCCCUGGCCGCUCGCGCAAGCCUCGAGUUUGAGAUGGCGAGUCUACGCGACCAACUCGAGGGCGAGAUGCGCAACGCCAGAGACAAGGUUAGCAGACUGCAGGAGGAGCUCGACGCUGAGAGGCUCAAGGCAGUACCUGGCGCUGGUGCAGGGGCUCGCCCCGGAGCCGGCGCGUCGAUGCUGAGCGAGCAGUUCAGGGCGACGAUGAAGCAGGAGAGAAAGAAAUUCCAGGAGGAUAUUCGGGAGGAGCAGGCGAAGAGGCGAAGACUCGAAGAAGAGCUCCAGAAGCUACGCAAGGCGGUCGGCCCUGGCAAGAGCCCUCUCAGCCCGAGAUAG